AUGAACUUGUCAUGGGGAGGACUGGCUCGUGAGAUGAUGACGUACGCCGCUGAGGUGUGUCCUGGUGCAGUGAUCAUGGUAGUUGGCAACGACUGGAGCUAUCCGAUGGCUACGGCGACCAAGAUGUCGUGUUCCGUGCUGAGCAAAACGCCCGAAAUCGCUCGAAAGUUGAGGGCAGGAAGCGAAUCAACGUGGCCUCAUCCAUGCUGGCCUAUGGAGCCAAGAUGA